UAAGGACCAUCUUACAACAUCAUUGCUCGUUAGCGUGCUAGAGUCCAAUUGGCUGGGAUAGAUGAAGCGAUGAACUCUAACCCACACAACACGAUCCAGUCGUGGAGCACGGAUUAGGAGCGACUUCUCAAGGAUUUAGGAGAAUAAGGGUAGCAAGAGCUCUCCAAUCUCAGGAUGAUGAGUCUAUGUCUUUGGUCUAUUGAUAGAAAUGACAAAUGUCCCCCAACGAAGGAAAUAGCUGGCCUAUUUAUAUUAGGGACAACCUCCCUGGAUUGGUGUUAAAGCGAACUAGCUUUGGGUACCAGCUUAGGUGUGAAACAAAACCAGUUUUGGUGUGAAACUGAACCAGCUUCGGGUAUUGAUGAGAUAGCUUCUAGAGUUCUCCCGUUGGUGUGUGGAUGGCUAUUCCCGACCAAACAUUGUUCGCUGGAGUCGGAACAAUGUUUCUUUAGCAGCAAACUUGAGUUCUGGGAAUCUUUCCAAGUAGGGGUAGUUAAACUCGUCCAAAACAUUGUUUCGCUACCGUCGAAAAAUUGUUUCUUCAACAGAAUACUUGUUUCCUGGUGAACUUCUGACUUUGUUUCUUCGUCAUAAAACAUUGUUUUGCAUGGACCGAAAUGUGGUUGGCCUUCUUCGAUAUAGCACCUGAGUAAAAACCAACAACAAAGGAGGUGAAGUCACAACCAUGUUUUCAAGGUUGGAAUGUCCUCAUCAUGGGACCCCCCUCCUUCACCCGUCGCUGGAGCAGCGAGCAGAGGAGUAGGAAACCACGGCCUUGCCGGCUUUCACCAAGAGGAGAAACUGCUUGCCCAUGAUCUCCUUUUUUCCUGGAGAGAAAGACGGGGUGAAAAUUCUAUUCUGCCCACCAGAACCUGUCAGAAUCGCAAAUAUCCAGGAGAUACAUGACCAGAUCGAAGGAGAGAACUUGUCCAGACUUAUUUUGAUAUUGCUGGGAAAGAUAAUGCCUAGAGCUAAAGAGUCUGUGAAGGAGAAAUUCACAUUUAAAGUAGAUAUUUUUCAGGUCAAUGAGUUACUGGUUAACAUUAGUAAGCAUGACCUGAAGCCCAAGCAUGAAGUGUUGACUGCAGAAGAAAAGGCCAAGCUCCUGAAAUUGUACAAUGUAGAGGAUUCACAGACGCCCGCCUUGGAAUCUCCAAAUCUUGAUUGGAUUAUUCUCCUCCAUACCUAUCCUCAACCCCACUCUCCUAGCGCUAUACAAUCCCCACCACUGCCACAGCAGGAGGCUGCACAGAAGCGGUGGUGUACUUGUUCAUGGACAUGGUGGCCUUCAUAUACAUUGGAAUCCCAAGGUGCCCAACAGAUUCCCCUACCCCUAUUUGUCAUGAAGCUCCACACUCCCUGCCAUGUUUGUGAACCCCAAGCUUGGGAAGGAACUUCACUAACUACUCCCUCCGUUCCUAAAUAUAAGUCUUUCUAGUGUUUCAUUAAAGGAUUACAUACAGAGCAAAAUGCACGAAUCUACACUCGAAAAUAUGUCCAUAUACAUUCGUAUGUAGUCUUUUA